AUGCGCACCGCCAUCCUCGUCGCAGCCGCCGCAUACGCCUUUGGCGCACGCGCCCAGGACCUCUCAGCCACUAACAACGUCACCUCCUUGGAGGGCACAUGGUCCAGUAACCCCUCAAUGUCCACAGGCGGCAGCUUCUGCGUGCCCGCGGAAAACAAGUUCAACCCGCCCAAUAACACUGGUAUCUCGUACUCUUUCACGGACGACGGUUUCUUCGAAGAAGCGCAGUACCAGUUCGACUCGAACGGAGCCAGGCCCGAGUGCAUCGCCGCCAAGCUCAUCUUCCAGCACGGAACAUAUGAGCUCAAGGGCGACUCGAUCGUCUUGCACCCCUUUGAGUCUGACGGACGUAUCCAGGUCCAGAACGCAUGCGCUGCCGUCUCAACCAACGUCUACUACUAUGCCGAGACUGUUACGUUCAAGGACUGGGGAAUCACCAUCGACCAGAGCACGGCCAACUACAAGCUCCAGUUGAAUGCCUUUGACGGCCGCAAGCUGGCUCCCCUCCUCCUCACCGCUCGCCCGCCCAACAUGCUCCCCACGCAGGUCCUGUACGGCACCAACGAGACCGGCCAGGCCAUCUCGCGCAAGCGUAGCGCAGUCUUCGAGCGCUUCCAGAAGCGGUACUCUGGCGCGUCGUCUUAUUCGAUGCCCUCCCUUAUGGUCGGUCUUGGCGGGACUCUGGCAGCCGUCGUCACCUUUAGCCUGGCGCUGUUCUAA